AUGAUUCACAAUCAGAAUAGAAAUCCAAUUUCUGACCCAUAUGGUCUUGAAGAUUAGCUUGCUAGAGAACUAUAAAAGAGAAAAGUGGAGGAAGAAAAAAGAAGAAGAGAAAUUGAAAGAAUAUGUGCUGAAAGUGAAGAAAUCAAAUUAUUAAAAUAAAAAGUACAAACAGCAUAUGUCACCAAAGAGAGAACUCAAUAAUUAGCAGAAUAACAAUUAAGAAGAAUUUAAGACUUGGUAUUUUCAGACAGUUAUAUUUUAUAUGAUAGAAAUAAGAGAGUGAAAUAGAAGCAGCAAUUCUUGAAAAACUAAAAAGAGAAUAAGAGGAAGAAAGAGCUAAAGAAAAAUACCGUUUGAGUUAAAGGUUAGAGGGAAAAUAUGUAAAAUAUUAUAUAUAAUAAAUUUCAGACUUUAUAAAAGUAGAUGAAAGAACAUGAAUAAUAAAGAGAUGAAGCAAAAGAAUAGUAUCUUUAUGAGAAGGAUUAAGUGAAUAGAGUGAUUCAUUAAUUAAUCGAAGAAGAUAGAAAAUUUUUGGAAGAUUCUGCUAAAAAAAAGAAAAUAGCCUUUUCUGAUAUGCAGGUAGCGUUAAGGGAAAAAGCAGAACUUAUCCAAAGAAUGAAACAAAGAGAAAGGGAUGAAAAUUAAAAAUACUUAGAUUUCAUUAAAGAAAAAGAUAGACAGGCUUAUGAAAUAAAAGUAAAGAAACAAGAAGAAAAUGCAGCUAAGUAUUCUUUUGGAUAUAGUGUAGAGAUAAAAUCUUCUAAAAAUUGAAGGAAGAGGAAGAGAGAAGAAAGUAAGAGGCAGAAUUGUUAACAGAAUUAAGAUUCUAGCUUUAUUAAGAAUAAUAUGAUGCUUAGAUGAGAUAAAAAGAUAUUGAUGAAGCAAAUAAAAGAGAAUUUUAGAAAAGAGAAAUGCAAUAAGCUGAAUAAGAAGCAAGAAUAAGAAAGUAAAGGCAGAAAGAAGAAGAAUAAUAAUUGGAAAGAGAUUUUAGAGAUCAAAUGAUGAGAAAAUUUGCUGAGGAUGAUAAACUAGAAUAAUUGGGACAAUAGAAAAGAAGAAUGAAAGAAAUGGAGCAUAAAAAAGAAGUUGAGAGAUUAUGGCAACAAAGAUUACAAUUAUUUUAAAUGGAAAAAUAGAAAGAGAUGGACUAAUUGGAAAGAUAAAGAAGAGAAGAAGUCUAUAAAUAAUAGGUAAUAGAGGAGGAGAAGAAUAAAAUUUUACAAGAACACUUAUAAUAAGUAGGAGAAUUUAUUCCAAAAGGGUUGUUAUUAAAAUAGGGCGAUUCACAAUAUAUUAAGCAAUCGUAAACAAAUGGGAGUUAUUAAUCUGGAUUUAGAUUAUGA